AUUGACACUUGUCACCUAACGCUGUGUAACGUCAAAUUCGUCAAAACUUUGAUUUUACGAUUUUCAAUAGUGAUAACGCGAAAUAAUAUUAUUUUGUCUGUAAAGAAUAUAAAGUGUGGUACGAUUGGAUUCUAAUAACAAUUUAUAUAACUUCAUUACAAUGGAGGACGUUUUGGACGAGAUAGUAUCUUCGGAAGAUUUGCAAAAGUUCGAGAAAGUGUUCCACGAGCAGCUGCACCAGGGCAACGUGACUCACAAAGCACAGUUUGAGUACGCUUGGUGCCUAGUGCGGAGCAAGUAUCCUACCGACAUACGAAAGGGUAUAUUGCUCCUAAAAGAACUGUUCAACUCACACCCUGAUGGCAAAAGGGAUUACCUGUUCUACCUUGCUAUUGGCAACGCUAGAAUCAAGGAGUACAACAAAGCUCUCCACUAUGUCAAGUCCUUCCUAGAGAUUGAACCAGCUAACCAGCAAGUGUUGGCAUUAGAGCGUCAAAUCAACAAGCGAAUGGAAAAAGAGGGUCUGAUCGGUAUCGCGGUGGCGAGUGGCGCCGUGCUGGCCAUCGGCGGCAUCGUCGGCCUCGGCAUAGCACUGGCCAGCAAGAAAUAGCAUUUGGCCAUUCUAAUGAACGCUCUGUUAGGCGCUCAUUACCUCUUUAAGAAGAAGCAACUCAAAGAGGAUUAGGCGAACGAGGUUUAAUGACAUUCUUAACAAAACUCACAAGGCUUAGUUUUACUCUUUAUUUAUUAUAUUAUCUAUGUACAAAUAUUCAUCCAUGAUGUUUCGUUCCAAAAAUUAAAAAUGUCAAACGCUUUUAGAUUUAAAAAAAGAAUUUUGUGUGGUUUUUUGAUUAACCCUGGAAUACUAAACGCUACUCAAUAUAAGUCGCGCUUAAAUAUAGUUCUGUCUCUUCAAAUCCUUUGUAAAAUGACAAAGACAGCAUGAUAUUUAAGUACAUUUAAAGUGGAGUAGCUUUUCAGUAUUCGGGCGUUUGUAGCAUAGAUUUUUUUAAGAGUAACAUAGAUAGUAGUUAGUGUAAAAUGUAUGUACCUACUAUGUAAUGAUAUAAAAAUAAAUAUGUACUGUAUUUAUUUGUCUAGAUUUAGGAAUGAUUUUAUAUGUAAGAGUGGUAAUAAUACUGAAGGAGUAAACGUUUGUCAAUGCGAUUCCAUUAAAUAAAUACACUUUUCUGUUUUAGUUACAAA